AGCACACCUGCUUGUAUUUACAGCCCUAGCGGCAGAAAUGUGCAGAAAAAAGUGUGAAAAAUUUUAAAUGCAAAGCGAAAAAAGUGCAAAGCGAGUAAUUUGUGUGCAAUGGAAACGAGUUUAGACGAGAGCAUGGACAGUGAUCGGGCCAGCUCGCCGGUCAACUUUCAGGAGGCGAAUCAAUCUCCGCCAGCAGUCGCGUUAAAUAUCAACGGCAAUGGCAGUGGCAGUAUCAGUCAAGAGGGGCCGAACGGCGUUGCUAUAGCGAAGGAAAAACCGACCGAAGUUACUUGGAGUAAACCUUUUAAUGCAUUUAGUGGGCGCCCCAUCGGCGAACACUCGGCCCAGCAGCAGACGCUGCAGCAGCAAGCGCUCCAGCAGCAACAGCAACAACAACAACCGCCGACACAUCACCAACAGCUGCCUCCCCCGGGAGCCAAUGGUGUAGCUGCUGCCACACCAGAGAUUUGGGUGGAGACCAAGGCGGAGGAUGGACGCUCCUACUAUUACCAUGCAGUGACGCGGGAAACCACCUGGACACGUCCGGAUGGGCCCGCUGUCAAGAUAAUGACCCAAACCGAAGUCGAGGAGAUGGCCAAGAGGCCGCCCAAUGCGGCCAUUAAGUCGGAACUGAAAACUGGUGAGCCAUCGAUGGGCUCUGAGAUGUCAGCAGUGCCGCAUCUGACAUCCCAGCCACCGCCUCAUCUGAUGAGCCAACCCCCACCGAAUGCAUCCGGUCCGCUUUUGUCGCAGCCUCCGCCCAAUGUGCGUCAACAGCCGCCGCCCAUGUUUCAGCCACCCGGGAUGCAGCCGCCUCCUGGCUUUGGCCAACCACCCUUCUGCAUGCCCCCGCCAGCUUUUGGUUUUCCGGGGGGUGCUGCUCCCGGUGGACCCUGGGGCGUGGGUGUACCACCAUGGCAGCAGCAGCAGCAACAACAACAGCAGCACAUGCACGCACCGCCCGGUGGCCAGGAUAAGCCCGCCAAGACGCUGAUCAUCAAGCCAGGCGUCAUAGAUCCGGCGGUGAUUGCCCGUGCAGCAGAAUGGUCAGAGCACCGUGCUCCGGAUGGCAGACCGUAUUAUUAUCACGCUGCCCGCGGGGAGAGCGUAUGGGAGAAGCCGCAGGCUCUUAGGGACAUGGAGGCGGCCCGCAUGGCUGCACACUCUGGUGUGGCUCCAGCAGUGGGUCCUCCAGGCGGAAUUCCACCCCAUUUGCUGCCCAAUCCGAUGAUGCACAUGCCUCCGGGCACAGCGCCACCGGGAUUUGAUCCGCAAAUGGCCUACGCAGCAGCUGCCGCCGCAAUGAAAGCGAACACCGAGAGCGCCAAGGCAUCGCAGGCAGCCGCCUUAGAGAAGGAGGCGAAGAAGGCCGCAGAAGAGAAGCGGAAAAAGGAGGAGGAGCAGAAGAAGCAAGCGGCGGCCACGGCCAAGCAGACGGACAAGUCGCGUCCCGUCACAAGCACCCCCAUUGCGGGUACGCCCUGGUGUGUGGUCUGGACGGGCGAUGCUCGUGUCUUCUUCUACAAUCCCUCGACGCGUACUUCGGUGUGGGAUCGUCCGGAGGAUCUAAUGAACCGCGAGGAUGUGGACAAGGCCGUCAACGACAGGCCCGAGCAGCUCAAAACAGAGGAGGAAAAGUCCACGGAAGCAGCAGAACAGAAUACCAGCGAGGAGGCAAGAGAAGAGGCAGCCGCAGCCUUGGCUCUGUCGCAGGCACAGCAGCCAGAUGUGCAGCACGUCGAGCCAGAGGAGGAGGAUGACGAGGAGGUCAUAAAGAUUGGCACUGAAUCCGAGUCAAGUGUCGAGGAGGUCCCCACCAAGCGCGUGCGGAUGGGUAAGAAAAUGACAAAAUCGAAGCGAGCCGAGGAUGCUGCGUUGGAGGCCGAGCAGAGGGCGGCCAAGGAGCGAGCCCUUAUACCCCUGGAGAUGCGCGUCACUCAGUUCAAGGAGAUGCUGCGGGAGAAGGAUGUGUCGGCGUUCAGUACGUGGGAGAAGGAGCUUCACAAGAUUGUUUUUGAUCCGCGGUAUCUGCUGCUCACAUCGAAGGAACGCAAACAGGUAUUUGAAAAGUAUGUCAAGGAUCGGGCCGAAGAGGAGCGUAAAGAGAAACGCAACAAGAUGCGACAGAAGCGCGAUGAUUUCCGUAGCCUAAUGGAGGAGGCCAGGCUGCAUGGCAAAUCCUCCUUCUCAGAGUUUAGCCAGAAGAAUGCCAAGGAGGAGCGAUAUCGGGCCAUUGAGAAGGUGCGCGAGCGCGAGAGCCUCUUCAACGAGUACAUUGUGGAGGUGCGACGACGCGAGAAGGAAGACAAGCAGCUAAAAAAAGAACAGAUACGCAAGGACUUUCUCGAUAUGCUGCGGGAGCGGCACGACAUUGAGCGGCAUACGCGUUGGUAUGACAUUAAGAAGAAGCUGGAGUCGGAUCCGCGGUAUAGGAUAGUGGACUCGAUGUAUCGGGAGGAGUACUUCGAGGAUUAUCUGCACGUAAUGAAAGAGGAGAAGCGCAAGGAGCGUGAGCAGCGGGAGCAGCGGGAGAGAGAGCGGCAUCGGGAACGUAAAUCUGAUCGCAAGGACAAGGAGAAGGACAAGGACAAGGAGAAGAGUCGCAAGGAUCGUGUCCGUAGUCGCUCCAAGGACAAGGAUCGUGAGCGUAAAUCCUCCAAGGACAAAGACAAGGAGAAGGAAAAGAGCAAGUCAGAGAAGAGCAAAAAACGAGACACACCCGAGGAGGGCGAACACCAUGACGACUCGGAGCGCGAGGAGCGUGCAGGAAGCGAUGACAGCGAAGUGGCGCGUCAGCGGGUGAGCGAAGCCGAGCAGAAGCAAAAGGAACGCGAAAAGAAGCUCCGUGCUGAGCAGAGUAUUCGCGAAAGAGAAAAGGAGGUGCAACGAACCCUGGCCGGUCAUCUGCGUGAUCGGGACAAGGAGCGUGAGCAUCACAAGCGGGACGAGAGCAUUGGACACUUUACGGCCCUGCUGACGGAUCUCGUGCGGACUGCAGACUUCACCUGGAAGGAGGUGAAGCGACAGCUGCGCAAGGAUCAUCGAUGGGAGCUGAUCGAGCCACUUGAUCGGGAUGAUCGCGAGAGAAUCUUCAAUGUACACAUUGACAAUCUGAUGAAGAAGAAACGCGAGAGAUUCCGCGAAAUGCUCGACGAGAUUGGCACCCUACAGCUGACGAGCACUUGGAAGGAGAUCAAGAAAAUGGUUAAAGAAGAUCCGCGAUAUCUCAAAUACAAUUCGGAGAAGGGAGAGCGUGAGUUUAGGGAUUACAUCAAGGACAAAACGCUGCACGCGAAGACGGCGCUGCGUGAGCUCUUGCAGGAGUGCAAGUUCAUAACCCACAAGAGCAGCGAUCUCAUCAAGGAAAAUGCCAAUCAUCUCAAGGAAAUACAAGAUAUACUCAAGAACGAUAAGCGCUACUUGGUGCUCGAUCACUUGGAGGAGGAGAGGAACGUCAUUGUGUUGGGUUUCGUGGAGGAGCUGAACAAACGUGGACCACCGCCACCACCCACAGCAUCCGAAUCGACGCGUCGCAACAAAUAGUGGCACUAUGGCCCUCAGACGAAGCCCAUAAGCCCCUUACCCCCAACGCCCUAAAAACAACGCCUAAACGCUAAUCACUAAACACUAUAUUCAAUUUAAUCUAAUAAAUUAAAUUAUUUUAUGUCCUGUGUAGCUUCUAAUAUUUUAAUUAUUUACAAUGAAUAAAAUACACCACAUACACAACAAAUAA